AUGAUGGCGCACGACGAGGAAGACGACGCGGCCGCCACGGCGGCCAGCUGCAGGUUGUGCUGCAGGCCUUCGGUGGCCGGCGAUCAACGGCAUCCGAUCGUCACGGCCGUCAAAGCCGAGUACGGCGAUGGCUGCGGCGGGACACGCCCCGGCGGCGGCUUGCGCGACACCAUUGUCAAGCACCUGCGGAUACAGGUUUCGGAGGAUGAUGGCUUGUCGCAAAUAGUAUGCUCUGAGUGCUUGCAGUUGUUAAACGAGUGGGAACAAUUUUAUGAGAUGUGCUCAAAAAAUAACAACAUGGACCUGAAACAACUAUCGGACGGAGAUGAUAAAAAUGAUGAUGGUGAUGAAUUGGCGAACAAUUUAGUAAUUGACAUAACUGAUGAAGAUGACGGACAAAGUUAUACAAGCAAAGAUAAAAGCAAGUCGGAUGCACCCAAAAGAUCAUUCCUUGGGGAACCAUCACCUGAAGAUUAUGUACUGAUGAAAGAAGAGACUUUCAAUUUAGAACCAGUUAAGAAUGGACCAACAGGUGUUUUGGGUGACUAUUUAAUAGAGUACAACAAUUCCAAAAAGUUACCAACAGAUUUGAGUAAUGCAGAUAAAGACAUUGUUGACAAUUUACGCAUCCGAAGAGAAGUUUUACCAUCCAUGUGGGAUGUAUUUGAAAAAACAAUCGAAAAGCUAAAAUCUGGAGAGUCGUAUACUACACUAGUAACCCAUAGGCGUUAUAUUAUCAACAAAGGUGCAUUUCCUUGUUCGUUGUGUGGUGAAUGUUACGAGUUUGAUCAGGGCGUUAGUCGCGAUGAAGAAGAACCUCAACCACCAGUUGAAGUUGACAUCCAGCAACGCCUAUUCAUUUGUCCUACCUGUGGGAAAUCUUUCCCUCGUCGUAGCUCAUGGAAACGUCAUCAAAUGACUCAUGAAGAUGUGAAGCCAUAUGUAUGUCGAAUUUGCACAAGUGGCUUCAAUCGCAAAGAACAUCUGAUGCGCCACAUGUUGUCCCAUAGCACGGUUAGACCAUUUCCGUGCGAACGGUGCGGUAAACGUUUUAUACGCAAAGAACAUUUAGCCAGACAUCUUUUGUGUAUACCAAGUUGUUCUAAUUCGUCUGACAUGCCGAGACCCUUCUGUUGUGAUAUUUGCAAACAGAGGUUUGUGCGUAAGGAACAUCUGUUCAGACAUAGAAAACGAGCCCACGAACAUGCAUUAAUUUUGGAUAAUCAAUUGGAAGAAAAACCAUUUGUGUGUUGGCAGUGUGGAAAAUGUUUCACCCGCUAUGAACAUCUGCGCAAACAUUUGGAUAUCCACAACGGUAUUAUUCCAUCUUCUUCGACAGAAAUACUUCCUGAAGUGACUCUUUCAGAAAUAAAGCCCGAAGAAACCUCAGUAGAUAUCAAAACAGAAAAUGUAUCUGAUUCUGAAGGUGAACCUGAAAUACUCCCUCCUGUGAGUGUGCUUGAACUCAACGAACAACAACCCGAACAAGCUAGACCAAAACCAAGUACUCUUUGUACUAUUUGCAAAAAGACCUUCUCUCGCCGUAGUCAUUUGUUACGCCAUCUGAAGCGUAUACACAAAGUAGAACCAGUGUUGACCAGGAGACGAGUACACAAAUCUGGUGACGAAAACGGAAAUUCUAUAGAUGAAACUAAAUAUGAAUGUCAUACGUGUGGGAAGACAUUUUCCAGACCAGCUCAUCUUGAGAGGCAUGAAAAAAAUUUACACAGCGAAGAGCGUAUGGUGCCUGCCCCAUAUGAAUGUGUGUCUUGCGGCCAAGCCUUCUUCGAUAGUAAUUUACUCAAUCAGCAUAUGGCAACACAUGGAAAUACUGUGACUGAUGAUUUUGUUUGGAUGUGA